AUGGCGCUCUUCCUGAUGAGAAAAUGGGAGGACACAGUGCAAAGGGUUCAGAGCCUUCGGCAAGCGGUGGCCGAAUCCACUUGGAAGCUUCGUCAAGUCGAAUUUACUCAUCUGCGUCCCUUGGAAGAGUGCCUCACGGACUGGGCGGGUCUCUUCGCUGGCCUCUCUCACAUGCAGGGUGAGUUGCAGGGCAUUUCGCGAGCCUCAGUCAUUGCCGUGGCCUUCGUAGGCUUAAAGGCUGUGCGGGUUCUGAACCGCAUAGUCGACACAGCCUUGAAAGAGCUGCUAAAGCAGCAGAGCUUCCUGUCCAGGGGCCUUUUCCUGUAUGCUGCAGGCUCCGGCUGGGCAAUAAUGUAUGCCUACUGGGGGACGAUUACCGAGCGUUUGAACGCUGCCCGUGAGCGUGAGAGACUGCGUGAUGGCAGCCACCACACGGGUGAUUUGGAGAAUCGGGCAGAGUGGUUUUGCCAAUUGAUCCAGAACCUGAAGCGUCUCCCCGCCUUCUUCUGGUACUCGAGCAUGGUCUCCUGCCUCGUGUCGCUGCAGAUAGGCCAGGCCUUGGUGGUGCGGUCCAUGAGGCGUCUCGCCGAAUCCUCUGCCGGCACUCGGCUGCUGCCACUUCUGGGGCUUGCCCUUUUCUUUUUUGCUGACGUUGCCAACAAGCGCACCGAGCAUAUCGUGCACGAGGUUGCGGAGGACGGGCGCAGUUUAGGAUCACGAGGAGAAGGUGAAGGAGAAGUGGAGAAACAAUGUAGCGAGACCCAGGUCUGGGUGGAUUCUUCCUCCAUGGCUCAAGGUUAUUUCACAGCACGGUGCCACGUUGAUAGAGUGUCCGACUUCUUGGAAAUGGAAGGUGUGCCCGAGCCUCACAGUGUCCUUCUGUCCGGGGGGCUACUGCAUCAGUGGAGUCCCGGCAUGUUUGUUCUGUUUGUAAGCCAUCAGUGGUUGGGAGCCACACAUCCGGACCCGCACGGACAGCAAGCUGCAAUCCUGCGACACACGCUGCAUGGUAUGAUCAGCGGGUCCUUGCACGUCGAGGAAGACUUGAUAUCCAUGCCAAUGGGCAAAGAAAUGUCGCCGCAGACACGAAAGCAGAUUGCAAGUGGGUACUUGUUCCUGGAUUGGUUUGCGAUCCCGCAGAUUACGGCUAGGCAGGCAGGUGUGAAUGAGGACGUGACAAGGACAGAUGCUGCUUUGGCCGUGAAAAGUAUACCAUCCUAUGUGGAGCUUUGUAACCUUUUCGUGGCUCUGGUGCCGGAGCUCCUGCACACGGACACCAAAGUGCUCUGCAACUACACAUCGUGGCUGUCGCGAGGUUGGUGUAGGGCCGAAUGGUGGUGUCACCUGCUCUCCAACAAAGCGGACUCCAGCGUGAUCGUGGUCUACUCACCACGGGAAGCGGAGUUCAUGUUCCCUCUGAACUGGCAGCAGCACCUGGUUCGCGAGGGCAACUUCACCGUAGAGAGCGACCGCGAGACGGUGGUGAAGCUCGGGGAGGUGGCCCUGGACAGCAAAAUCAAGCACCUGGCAGCAGCCGGACCGCUGAGUCUUUACCGCUACUACCUGGCGCAUCGCCCAAAGCUGUUGGGUCAGCAGAAACAGACCUUCGAGGUGGACGACCUCCUCGAGAUGUUUCGCUACGAGAGCCUGCAGGAUGCCGUCAACGACGAAAGCAGCGUCAAUGCUCUCCUUUGUGCCAUUUUCGCCGGAGACGUUCAGAUGGUGAGACUGCUCGUGGAGCACAAGGCAGAUGUGAAUCGUAGACUGAUGGGUCUAAAUUCGUUGGGCUACUCCGACACUCAGACGAUGCUUAUGGCCGCCAUCAAGUCGCAUCAAGAUCCAGAAAUGUUGUCGGCUCUCAUCGAGCUUCGUGCUGAUGUGCAAGCAACGACAAGAGUUGGACUGGGAUGUGCCUACUUGGUGCGAGCGCCGGGUCAGCUCAAAGUUCUCAUCGAAGCCAAGGCAGACCUUCAUACGUCACAUCUACCUAUGGGGCUAAGCCCAAUCUGCGGUGCUGCAGUGUGGUCUUGCCCAGAGACCGUCGCAGAAAUGCUGCGUGCACGCUGCGACCCUAAUCCGAAGCCAACUGGCGCAGGCUACUUUCCCCUGCAUGCAGUUGCGCUGCUGUCUCGAGGCAGAGCCUGUGCAGUGGAUGUUGCGAGGGUGCUACUGGAGGGCCGUGCAGAUCCGAACGCCUGCGCUCUUCCCGAAAGCAAGUUCUUGUUUGCAGCCCGAUUAGCGGGCAUGUACUCGAAAAUAUUCGGCUUCGCAUCCUGCUCGAUCGCCACAAAGACUUUGGCGAGCUUGCCUGGUCUGACUCCACUUGGCGCAGCUGCGUUGGUUGGGGAUGAUGCACUGUGCAGAACGUACCUGGGGUACGGAGCGGAGAACAUUGCUAACGACAGAGGCGAUUUGCCAGAAGACCUGGCGCUUGCAAAUGCGCAUGACCGUCUGCUGCCCAUGCUAUCAACGUUUGCCGUGUAG